UCUACGAGUGGCAAUUAGCGGAUAGAUGGCGCCACCGGUCUAACUUAUGAAGCUGUCAAAUUCAUUGUUUUGUUUUGAUUCAUCGUCGUGAUUAUUGGUGAUUUGUUUUUCGAUCGAUUAAUAUUUGGAUCAAAUGGGUCGCAAAUGCGAAUUUUAUUUGUGCGGGAACCACCAAGGCAGCUCCGAAAGAACAAAACAUGUUUCUUUCUACGGUUUCCCAAAGAGCGAAGUGCUGUGCGCACUUUGGGUGGAAUCGUGUCUUUCUGAGGAGAUUUUGGAAGUUUUCAAAACUCUGGGCGCUUCAGCUUUUUCCAAACGAAAAAUAUGCUCUGACCACUUUCCUUCAGAAGCUUUUCGAGAUGUUCAUAACAAAAAUAAAGGGUUAAAACCUGGUGCCGUUCCGACUUCUCGCGCAAAAAUCGAUUUCAAUGCUGGGUUCGAAAGUUUUCUGGCAAAUUCUCAAGAUGCUGCUAAUGAGAACUUGGAGUCUAAUGAAAUGACCGUAGAAUUCAUCGAUGGAGACGAUGAUUUUGCCAAAUGGUUUCAGCUAACUUCCACUGAAACAUUUCCUGAAAAUGAACAUCAGAACUAUUCAACUACGAACGACGACACACCAAAUUCAAACGCCGGAGAAUGUUCCAUGGCCGCAGAUUAUUCCCUAUCUCCGGCUCAGAGCGAUAUUGAGACUGAGUGUCUUCUACAACAACCAGCUUUUGAUAAUCCGGAGAAUAUUUUGCAAACCAGCUCGGAAGUUAGUGAACAGCGGAAACAUUUUGAAGGAAUCGAAGAAUUCGAAGUUAUUAUUCUAUCCCAAGAUAGUAUCGAGAGCCAUUCUCAAGUGGAUAAGACAAUAGAAUUCCGUCAAAGGAUCAAAGAGAAGGAAGCUACAAUAAAAGCGCUCAGAAGAAAAAUUCAUUUUCUUCGGCGGCAAAUGUUUGUGCAAGACCAAACCAGCAAACGUCGUUUGAUGGCAAACAACAAACACAAAAAGCUGAUCUUCAGCCUACGUAAAGAGUUGAGACUCUUAAAAAAAACGAAGACUGAAAACGAACUACUCGGAGAACAAGCUAAGCAAAACCCAAUUAUUUAUGACACCUUGAAGAAUGCCACCAGAUCGACCAAAGGACGACGAUAUCAUUCGGAUACUAAAAAAUUCGCCUCUGGAACAUAUUUGAGCGGUCCACGUACAUACCGAUUCGUACGGAAAUCAACACACCUCGUACUACCCCACAAAAGUACUGUUUAUGGGUAUAACAGGAACAUUCGAAUCAACCCAGGACUGAAUAAAACUAUUCUUUCACGAAUGAAAAAUAGAGUUAAAGAUUUCAAAUCUAAACGUGAUAGAAUAGUUAUGGUUUGCUUAGACGGGAUGUCUAUCAAACCCGAACUGACUUAUUGUGCUAAGUCCGACACCUUUCAUGGAUUUCCCUUUGAUGGAACUAAUCGGAGAAUCGAAAAAAAUGAUCCAGCCAAGCUAGCGACUGAGGCUGUGGUAGUCAUGACUUCCGGAAUUUAUAGUCGCUUCAAGCAGGUAAUUGUCCCCAUUCCAUAUUUAAUGCCUUAAAUAAUAAAUUCAAAAUUAAUAUAGCCUAUAGGAUACCUACUUGCACACAACAGUCUCGGUAGUGACCUACAGAUGAAGUUUGUUGAGCAGAGUGUCGUGGCAAUCAGAAAAUGCGGUUUAAUUCCAAUGGCCCUAGUAAUGGAUCAGUGCACUACAAAUCAAAAAAUGGUUCGCGAAGCUGGUGGCACUAAUGCAGAUCCAAUUAUUACCAUCGAUGGCAAGGAGAUUGCUGUCCUAUACGAUACACCUCAUCUGCUAAAAAAUACGCGAAAUGCUUUAUACCGUCAUAAUGCUGUAUUCGAAGGUGCAAUUGCAUCGUUUGAACAUAUAAAGCAGCUACAUGAUGAAGAUGUGACGUCAAUUAUGAGGCUGGUCCCAAAAUUGUCCCUGAAAUGUAUCGCAUUGCCUCCAUUCACAAAAAUGAAUGUACCUUUAGCGACUCGAACACUAAGCGAAUCAGCAUCGAUUGCGAUCAAACAUUAUGUACAAACCGAUCGGCUAGACAAAGAAGCUUUACAUACUGCAUCUUUCAUCGCAUUCCACGACAAGCUCUUUGAUAUUUUUAACUCAAAAGAGCGUUAUGCGAAUUCUGUUGGAAAAGUAAGUAUUUAUUAGAAUUACUAAUAGUAGCCAGGUUAAAAUUUAUCAAAUUAUUAUACAGAAUUGCACUAACCGUGUUUCAGCACCAAUUUACCCUCAUUUUUACAAAAUUUAAGUUAAUUUUCAAAAUGUAAUAUAUACAUUAUUUCCUAACAGCCUUACAGAACACCUAUCACCGAAAACUCACUUCAUAUGGAAUUUCUUAAAAAGGCACAGAAAAUACUUGAGAACAUGUAUUACACCACAAGCGACUGCUUUGACAUCCGAAAGGUAUGAAGUAUAAAUGUGUUAAUCGCUAACAUAAAAUGUUGAUUCCAAUACAUACUACUUUACAGGCAAAAAAGGAGACAAAAAAGUUGACAGCUGCACAAAGGGUUCCGUCGUAUCUAAAAGGAUAUCUUGGAAACAUUAACGCACUUUUUUGGAUAUGGAGAAUAGUGAGAACUGAAUUCGCUUGCACAUACUUGUGCACAAAUCCUUUUUGUCAGGAUUGCUUAGAGAACUUCUUUUCGGAAAUUCGAAGGAGAUGUGGAUUCAAUGAUGCUCCGAACGCAUUCCAAUUCAGCAGUGCGUUUAAAUAUGCAAUGUUGACCGCCACCAACGAAAUCUUUGAGGAAGGUAAAAACUGCCAGAACGACGGUCGACAACCGUUACUGAACGAACAAGAUCUAGAAGACAUGACAGAGAAUAUUGAGCAUACAAUGUCAUAUGAAUUUGAACCGCUAGAUCUAGACUCACCUUUUGUUGCACAAAAGAAGGAUCUUAAUGCUUUGGUUUUUAUACUAGGGAUUGCAAUAACAAAACUAGCACAUGAAAAAUGUCGGUCCAAAUUGACAGCACCACAAGACGCUGCAUAUUUGGAUAGCGAGGACUACGAAUUUUCCAAGUUAAAGGAUCAUGUCGCGUCACGGAAGCUGAACAUUCCAAAUAACAUACUUUACGCUAUUGGUCUGCUAGCUUUUGCCGCAUUUAAACAAAAAUUUGAAAAGUUUCUUUUCCAAAACCGGAGACAUGUAAAGACGCGUCUAAAGCAAUACGUUACAUAUGAUGUUUUUGACGCUACAGUUUGUAAGUCAUGCUUCAGUAGAUUAGUGGACUUCAUUUUCAAUACGUUAAUUCAAGCAUUUUUGCGAGAAACUCGACUAAAGAAUAAAAUGUCCGAAAACAA